AUGGUUAUAAUGUAUUUUAUUGUUUUAUUCUUCGCUUGUUUACAAAGCCUUGACUGUCAUACGGGACACAAACUUGAGAACUCUAGGUUCAAUUUUUUCGACACCGACCUCCUUCGUUACUCAGCUGAAGACCGAAAAGGCAAUGUGGUUGUAUCACCAGCCAGUAUCAAGUCAAUUCUAUCAAUGCUGUUAGAGGGCGCCAAUGGCACAACAGCAACAGAAAUAAGAAAUGCUUUGAGACUAUCGCCUGAUAAAGAUGAGUUCAGGGAGCAGUUGAAUGGAUACUUAUCAGUUUUACGGACAAAUGAACCUGGAGUGACUUUACUUAAUUCAAAUGCAAUGUUCCUGUCAUCUACAAUUAAAAACGUGAGAAAGGAAUUUCUGGUUAUGUUGCAUAAGGUGUAUUUAUCAGAGAUACGUCUUAUCGACUUCCGGCAACCAGUGCCUGCAGCCAAUUUAAUAAACUCCUGGGUCAAUAACAAUACAAGGGGCCUUAUUACAAACUUAGUGGAACCUGAACACGUCGAUCCCAUGUCUGAGCUGCUCCUCGCCAACUCAUUAUACUUCAAGAGUACGUGGCAGCACGCUUUUGAUCCCUCCAACACGCAAGGCUCCUGUUUCCAUAACCGUGGCGUUUGUAAGACGGUCGCUAUGAUGGAGCUGCACGCUGAACUCAACUAUGCAUAUGUAGAUAAUUUAAGAGCUCAUGCAUUGGAACUGCCCUAUGAGGGUGGCCGCUAUUCUAUGAUCUUGCUCGUGCCACAUGAUCAUGACGGUGUAUUUGCACUUAUAAGGGACCUACCCUACAUGAGUUUACCGCAAAUAUGUAGUAUUAUGGAACCGAAUGACGUCCGACUCUUUAUGCCAAAAUUUACAAUCGACUAUAACGAAGACAUGGCUGAAACCUUACAGGCGAUGAAAAUUACCUCCUUAUUUUCGGGGACUGUGGAUCUAUCGGGCAUGUUUAAUGGCAGUUCUCCUCAAGUGAAUAACAUAUUCCAUAAAGUCCACAUAUCAGUAGACGAAGAAGGAACAGUUGCAGCAGCAGCGUCUUCCGCCAUGGUCAUACCUCUCAUUGAAAAUGGAGUGCAAAUUCGUGUUGAUCGUCCAUUCGUCUUCUUUAUUAUAGACAACAAGCUUGGCUUGAUAUUGUUCGAAGGAAAGGUCGAGGAGCCAACACCUUAUGUACCAGUUGUACCAAAAUAUUCAGACAUCCAACAAGGCCCUAAGGCAUCAAUACCUUAUGUACCAGCUGAACCAAACUAUUCAAACAUCCAACAAGGCCCUCCAACAAGGUUUAUUGUACCACCCCAAGCACAAUUUAAUUCACGGUAUCACGCCAAGGGAAGAUUUUAUGGUUAA